AUGACAGUUAUGAUGUUUGUUCUUCGAAAUUUACAUAAUACAACAAAUAAAACAACAUCAUCAAUAAGAGGAAACAAUGUCAAUGUAUAUUUUAAUGAAUGUUUAGACGCAAGAAUAUCAACGACAACAACAUCAAGAAUCUAUGAUGUUGGUGAUGGUGAAAUCAGUAAUGAUACAUCUUGUUCAUCACAUACAGUCGUGAACGAUCGUUCGCGCAAUAUAGCAACAUAUGGAAUGGAUGGUUCAUGUGAUAAUGGACCAUUAUUCAAUACAUGUAUUGGUGGUAGAUGGAUUUGA